AUGGCUCCAAAAUCCGAUGCGCUGGACAUCUUCCUGCUCCUUGCGCAACGGCCACACUCCCAAUGCUCUCAUUUCGCGCGGAGGUCUCUGAAGUCCAUUCGCUUCGCAUCUUCGAGCCACCUGCCUCCGCGACCUACCGAAGAUCGCACAGUCGCUUCAAAGUCAGGGAUCCCUCUUCACGUCGGCCUCGACCGUAAUCCAGAGCAUCUCUCUGCCAUCUCGCGCAUUCCCAUUCCCAAAGGCGAGCGCGGCGAAAAAUUCACGCCCUCUGUCCUAGCACGUCCUCUGGGUUUACAAAAGCCACCUAGAGCGGGUGAGAAUAGCCCAGUGGACAAACGGACGGCCGAACAGCGAAAACUCGACCUACAAAAUCCCGAAAAGUCUCUCGAGCAGCGGCGAGUCUUGCUACGAUCUUACUUUCGACCCUACUUUCAAGAAUGGAAACGUGCAGAUCACUACCGUGGAAAGACGUUUCAAUCAAAUCCUCGACUGUUCAAAAGAGAAAAGGCUUUGUACUUCCCCAACAUCUGGGGGGCAACGCUAUCUAAAGAAGGAGACGGCCCUGAUGGCGGGCGGAAUCUUGCACCCGCUCUCUUUGGUAAAAUAUCCAUCAUCAGCAUGCAAGCUGGUCACUGGGCCCAGGAGCAAGUCGACACCUUCAUCGGUCCGAAAAGCAAUCCCGAUCUCGAGCGCCUUGUUGCGCGUUACGGCCCGAAAGUCCAGCGUAUCGACGUGAAUAUGCAACCGGACUGGAUUCGCGCCCUCCUCGUCAAACUUUUCCGCAACAGCCUUCGCAAAACAAUUUCAAAAGAGCGCUGGGAUAAAUAUUUCAUGAUCAAACUGCCGCGGGAUGUCCGGCGGGGUCUCACAGAAGACGUACGUGACGCCAUGGGUCUGCUGAAUUCCCAGAUUGGGUAUGUGUAUCUGGUCGAUUCGUCGGCGAAGAUUCGUUGGGCCGGAAGCGGUGAUGCUUGGGAGGGUGAAGUUGGAGGACUGAACUCAGCUAUCGAACGAUUGGUCGAAGAGGAGCGUGCGAUGAUAUCUCCCAAAAAGCCGCUUACGAGCUCGCAGCCGCCCCGCCGCAAGGAAGGCGUCCAGACACCACUGAAGGCAGAAGCUGUUGUCGCAUAA